AAAUAAUUUAAUUAUUAUAUUUAAGAUCGCUGGCUACGUCACUUCAUACUAUUACUCUCAAACAUCGCAUAAUAAAUAUUUAAUAUAGUCAGGUGAACCUCUAUCCCAUUGAACGAUGUCCGUACAAGAGUGGGAACAUUUAAAUCUGUCAAUUGAUGGAUUGUUAUGGGAGCUGAAUUCUACAGCAUGGACCGAACUCGAAAAUGCCAAUUAUUGUCUUGAGGAGGAAGAUAAGGCAUACCAUAUGAAUAAUGUCGACAAGUGUUCUUUGGGUGUCAAUUUAUGCCAGAGAUACAUAUAUGGAAUAUUAAACAUUGAGGAAUUCUGCAAUGCGAUGAUUGAUGCGGGUUUAAAAGGUUUUCUCAACAAAAUAAGCAGUCAUUUACCUGAAGAUAUUUUAAAUAUGUUUGGAUUAAAUGAGACGAGUGACUAUGAGAGUGACGGAGAAGUUAGAUAACCGAAAAUACAAUAUUUGUAAAUUUAAACAAUUUCCACCUAUACCCAUGUACUUUAAUUUUAUUUUUAUGUUAUAAAUUG